AUGGCGGCCGCGGAGAAGACGGAGAUGAAGGAGGAAGGGGUCAUCGAGGCUGCCCAGGAACUCUACGAGGAUCCCCAGUCUAAAGUCAACCCGGAUAAGGUCGAGGAGAUACUUGUCGAUGAGACUCGUAAGGCUGGUGUCGCAGCCUAUCAAUUCGACCCCAAUGCUUCGCCUGAGGAUAAGGCUGAUGCGGCUGCGUCGCGCAUGCCGCGUGAGUCUCACCGUGAGAAGAAGCCUAAGGGAAUGGCUGUCAUUACGGACAAGGAUGAUGGCGUGGCGGACUAUGACCUCCCGCCCCCGCAAUCAGCCACUGCGAUCAUGGCCGAGGAUGCGACACUCAAACAAAAAAAGGGCGGGAAAGAUAUGGACGAGGACCUUCGCUGGGCGCGCAAUCGCACCGGAUGGGCGCCCACUUUCAUCACUGAGAAGCUGGUCGGUGAGGAUGGGGAAGGCACCUUGCUUGAUCAUCAGACUUUCCUAGAGGGCAGACUGUCCGACAAGCUCUUUGGAGAUUGGUACCACAAUGCUGGGAUUAUCGUGUUCGCUUGCUUGAUUUCGUGGCUGAUCGCUGCUCUGGGCGGUGGUCUCGGCUGGGUGCUCUUCGUUAUGGCCGCGUGCAGCACUUACUACCGCACGUCGAUUCGCCGGGUCCGCCGCAAUUUCCGGGAUGAUGUUCACCGUGAGAUGGCCAAGCAGCGUCUCGAAACCGACACCGAGAGUCUCGAAUGGAUCAACAGCUUCCUGGUUAAAUUCUGGCCCAUCUAUGCCCCCGUGAUCUGCGACACGAUCAUCAACUCUGUCGAUCAGGUUCUGAGCACAUCGUGCCCUGCGUUCCUGGACAGCCUACGUCUGAAGACGUUCAUUCUUGGUAACAAGCCGCCGCGUCUUGAGCAUGUCAAGACAUACCCAAAAACCGAAUCAGACACCGUCAUAAUGGACUGGAAAUUCAGCUUCACGCCCAAUGAUACCAUGGAUUUGACAGAGCGCCAGCUGAAGAACAAGAUCAACCCCAAGAUUGUUUUGGAAGUGCGCCUUGGGAGAGGUGUCGUCAGCACGGGUCUCGAUGUCAUUGUCGAGGACAUGGCAUGUACGGGCUUGAUGCGUGUCAAGGUCAAGCUGCAGCUUCCCUUCCCUCACAUUGAGCGCGUCGAUAUCUGCUUCCUGAACAAGCCCGAGAUCGACUACGUGUGCAAGCCUCUUGGAGGAGACCAUCUCGGAUUCGACAUCAAUUUCAUUCCUGGUCUGGAGUCCUUCAUCAAAGACCAGAUUCACGCCAACCUGCAGCCGAUGAUGUACGAUCCGAACGUCUUCCCAAUUGAAAUUGCGAAGAUGCUGGCGGGCAACCCUGUCGACCAGGCCAUUGGUGUGGUGGCGGUUACGCUGCACGGCGCCAACCAGCUGAAGAACCCAGACAAGUUCUCUGGUACUCCGGAUCCAUACGCCGUGGUCUCGUUGAACAACCGCUCGGAGCUGGGUCGAACCAAGAUUGUCCACGAGAAUGACAGCCCCCGCUGGAAUGAGACUAUAUACGUGAUUAUCACUUCUUUUACCGAUGCCUUGAGCAUUGUGCCGUACGACUGGAAUGAGUAUCGCAAAGACAAAGAGCUUGGAACCGCCACUUUUGCCUUGGACAAACUGGAACAAGAGCCCACGCAAGAGGGUCUCUACCUGGAGGUGCUGUCCAGCGGCCGUAAUCGCGGUGCGAUCCAUUGUGACAUCCGUUUCUUCCCUGUUAUUGAGGCGGCAACCUCGGACACUGGCGAGGCGUUACCCCCUCCAGAGCUGAAUACCGGGAUUGCCCAGUUCACCGUCGAGCAAGCCAAGGACCUCGAUGGAAAGAGUAUGAUCGGCAAACUCAACCCCUACGCUGUGCUGCUCUUGAACGGCAAGGAGAUCCACACCACUUCCAAAUUGAAGCGUACCAACAACCCCAUCUUCCAGAACAACGCCAAGGAGUUCCUCGUGACGGACCGCAAGGCUGCUCGUUUGGGCGUGAUCAUCAAGGAUGAUCGCGACCUUAUGGCCGAUCCGAUCAUUGGCCGGUAUCAGAUCAAGAUGAACGAUAUGAUGAAGAUGAUGGAGCGCGGCCAGCAAUGGUUCCAUCUGCACGGUGUCAAGGGUGGCCGUGUUAAGAUGGUGAUGCAGUGGAAACCUGUCGCCCUCACCGGCAUUGCUGGUACCGCGGGCUACAUCGACCCCAUUGGCGUCAUGCGCUUCCACUUCAAGAGUGCCACGAACCUACGGAAUUUGGAGGCGAUGGGCAAGUCCGAUCCUUAUGUCCGUGUGUUACUGUCGGGUGUCACCCGUGGUCGCACUGUGACUUUCCGUAGCAACCUGGAUCCCGAAUGGGAUGAGGUGGUCUAUGUCCCCAUUCGCAGCGCCCGCGAGAAGCUCACCUUGGAGGUAAUGGACGAGGAAACCAUAAACAAGGACAGGACUCUUGGGUGGGCUGAUAUCAAGGCCGCUGACUUUGUGCGUGAAAAUGAAGCCGGUGAAUACGAAAUCGAUGAUGAGAAGGCGCCGCUCACCGCUGGUCUUCGCAUUGGCAAUGGUCCCGUCAAGGGCCAUCUCAACUAUACCGUUGCCUUCUACCCCACCAUCCCGGUUAUCAACCCGGAGGAGGAGGCUGAACAAGAGGACGCGCCAGAAGAGCAGACUGCUGAUGGCACGUCGCGCAAGAGCAUGCAUUCGAAGUCUGCCAGUGUCGACUCAAAGGUUUCCAAGGCUUCCACGGCUUUGUCCAAUGGCGUCGCUACCAAUGGAAAGUUACCUACUUCGCCAACUUCGCCUACCACAAACGGCCGCGCCAGUCUUGAGACUAGCGCCUCUCGGCCGACCACUCGCGACUCCGAGGGUGGUUCUAUUCGCUCGGUCAAAAGCAUCCCUAGGACUUACAUCAGCGCUGAGGAUCUCGCUAAAUACGAGUCUGGAUUUAUUGUGUUCCAAUUCCAUGAGGGCAAGCUCGCGCACAGCAAUGUGCAUCUCGAGGUUGUGAUGGACGACUACAUGUUCCCGGCCUACAUCUCGCCCAAGAUUCGUUCUACUACUACCAAGUUCGAAGAUAUUGGUGAUGCCUUUGUGCGUGAACUUGAAUUUUCCAAGAUCACCCUGCGCCUCGUGAACAAGGAUGAUAACAAGGACAGCAGCGAUGAGCACACCGUUGCCAAGCUGACGGGCGACACGCUGCCUACACUGCAGCGUAUUCUCUACACGCCUACCGAGCUUACCCUUCGUUCGCCGGACGGCGAGCUCAGCAAAGUCACGGUCAGUGCACGGUACAUUCCUGCACAGAUGAAACUAGACCCGACAGAAAGUAUCAAUAACAUGGGAACUCUGCGCGUGGAAAUCCUUGACGCUGCGGAUCUGCCCUCGGCCGACCGCAAUGGCUACAGCGAUCCUUACUGCAAGUUCCGACUGCACGAUAAGGAAGUGUUCAAAACCAAGGUCCAGAAGAAAACACUGCACCCGGCGUGGAACGAGUACUUCGAGACGCCUGUCAAGUCUCGCAUUGGUGCUGAUUUCCACGUGGAUGUCUAUGACUGGGACUUUGGUGACAAGGCUGACUUCCUGGGGGCUACUUCGAUCGAUCUGGAGAAGCUCGAGCCCUUCAACGCUCAGGAGGUGACGCUGCCUUUGAACGGCAAAUCUGGCGCCAUCCGUCUCAAGCUCUUGUUCAAGCCCACCUACGUGAUCCGCUCUCGGCAAGGCUCCUCCACCUUUUCGGGUACGUUCGCUACGCCGGGUAAGGUCAUCGGCGCACCCAUCAAGGGCGUUGGCUUUGUCGGUGGCAACGUUAUCCGUGGUGCAUCUUUCCUGCGCCGCGGUGUGAUGUCGAAAAUCCACAAAGACAAAAACGACGCGGAUAACGCAUCGUUGGCCACACAAGAUGAGACCCACGAGUCUCCCAGCGGUGGUGGCUUGAAACCCGCGGCCGUUCUCGUGGAUGCCAGCUCACCCACCAACUCAGGCCACACAACCCCGACCAAGGAGCACUCCCGCAGUCGCAGCACAGCCUCCCAAGCCGGCGUGAGCACCCUCGGCGGCACAGGCUCCGGCGACAAAGGAACCGCGAACAUCACCAUCGUGUCAGCAUCCGGCUUCCCCUCCUCCGCCAACGUGCGCGUCCACGUCCGCGUACAGGGUGCCAAGGGCGCAAAGGUAGUCCACAAGACAAAAGCCCACAAAGCCAGCGGGGACAGCCCCAUCUCCUACGAGGAGUCCUUCCGCGUACCGGGCACGACCGCCGAUGCAUCGUAUCAGAUCAGCGUCGUGGAUCACUCAACCUUCGGAUCAGACGACACCCUCGGCGAGGCGAUGUUCUUCGUUGGUGAUCAAGGUUCCGUGGCGGAUCAGGACAAGCCUGUCCCUGUUGGUGAAGGUACAGUGACCAUUCGGAGCAGUUUUGACGCGUCCGAAGCGAGUCUGCGGCCUACUACUUCGCACUCUACGAAUGGAGAUGCGGCCUCAGUGAUGGCUGAUUCGCCUGCUUCGGGGAAGUUGAAUCGGCGUAGCUUUUUGAGUAAGCGGAACGUUAGCGGUGCUUGA